AUGGUACGGUACUUGAACUUAGAUAUUUUCGAUCUUGAAAAAGCUGAGCUCAAGGAGCCUGAUAGCAAUAGUUUGCCUACUGCGGUUUCCUGCUCUUCUCGAAAAGAUGGUACCGCUUUGGAGUUCUCGAAUGAGGGCCUUGCCUCGGCUACGGCAGUGUUCGUAGAUGGCGAUGGCUUGCAUGUGCGGGUUAGUCCGACUAAG